GGCUUUUGACCUUCGUGUCUUCGUUCACAUAAAAUUGACAAGGGUAGCUUGACAGCUGUUUCGAGGUUGAAUCAAAGUAGUACUAGUUACCAUGUGGAAUUUUAAUUCGGGGUUAUUCUUUUUAAAACGUAAAUCGUGUGUCCUUUUCUCGCGCGUGCGCGGCCACUCCGACUAUACGCUUUGCGUUUCGUUCACGUUCAGUCUGCUUUUGAACACGGUAGAGGGACGUCAUUGCCGCGAGGCGUUUCGCCUCCGAACUUUCACCUCUCGUGAUAUCUUUAUCUGUGAUAAAUGCUACCUACAUACAGUGAAAUUGAACGUAUGCCGCGUUCUCAGAACCGUUUUCUGUGACGGAACGCGCUUCCCGCAAAUUAAUUUCUCCGUUGGACUUGUUUCUACGAAACUGCUUAUAGAGUUUACCGAGAAAACGGCCGCGAAGUGGAUUUGAGGAAAUAUCUGUAAUUAUAAGUGUUCCGUGUAGUGGUGUCAUUUUAAACGUUUAAGUUGGAUCCCAACCAACAGCAAACACCUCAAAUGGUGGUUAAAAUACCAGAUGCAACAGAAGUGGCACUGCCCCUCGGCUGGCCAGGCGUCUGCUGCCCCAACUGCCGGCAGCAACUGCUGCUGGGCUGCAAGGGCCACUACCCCGCGUACGCCACGCCCACGUCCCCCCUCUACCCCGCGCCGUACAACGAGGAGCUGAAGAGGCUAGCUGAUACAGUCAAGGCACUGAGAUUGUCUGGAUGGUACUAUGGGAAUCUUGAUUGGCAGGGAGCGAGAAAUCUUCUCAAAGAAGCGAGUGUGGGUGCAUUCGUGGUCCGGGACUCCGGAGAUAGGAACUUCAUAUUCUCCCUGUCGGUGCAGACGGAGAGAGGCCCCACAUCUGUUAGGCUGCAUUUUGAAUGUGGCUUCUUCAGAUUAGACUGUGAAAAGCCCCUAGCCCGAUACAUGCCCCGGUUCCGCUGCGUGGUGGAGCUGGUGCAGCACUACACGAGGAGCGGCAAGGCGGCGGCCGGCACCGUGUGGGUGGACCGCGCCGGCGCGCCGCACUCCGCCGUGCUGCUGCGCGCGCCGCGCCGGAGCGGGCCGCCCGGCCUGCUGCACUGCGCCCGGCUGGCGAUACAUAGAGCGCUGGACUCCGACCCGAGAUCGCCUAAACUAUGGAGCGCGCCGAAACACCGCCUCCUGCCGCUGCCCACGACGCUCCUAGACUACCUCGGCGAGUACCCCUACUCGAUCUAACACGUCUGUACCUAGAUAGAUUAAACCUAGGUCUAAUGUGACUUCAAAAUCAUGUGCUGCCUCUUUGACCGCAAAAAUCAACCUUUAUGCAUUGCGACAAGGUUCAAGAUAGCGCGCCGCGCACGAUGGCACUUAUUAUGCCUACGGUAGCUGUAACUUCAGUACAAAUUUAGACUUAAAAAUCACAAAUUGUACCAGAUUGAUAACCAAGGCUCGGAAAAACGCCGUAAAAGACCCAUUUAAGAGUCGAAAAUGUUCGUUCAUAGUCUACGGACGACAUUGGGGCUUAUUUAAUCGUUGACAUUGGUAUAAGGAAGUCACACUGUUAACUGUCCAUCGGUGGACUUUAUUACAAACGGCAUAAGGUCCAUGGUGAUCAGAGGUGUAUAUUUGGCGCCCAUGGCAGGGCCUCCCCAUAUAAUAAGCACAAAUGCAUUUUUUCCGCGUCUUCUGGAAAUGUGGGGCCUGCGCUGCCUUUCGCAGCCACCCCGGGCAAUGGCCGUGGCCCUAGGGUAAAUACGCACCUGAGGGUUUUCUAAAUGGCGGCCAUUUUUCGAGCCUUGAUAGCUGCCACAGGCAUGGUAAGACCUGACACCGAAUUCCUUGGAAGGUAGUUCAUAACUUAAUGUGCAUACAUUUCAGUAUUCAGACCAACUUGUAUUCUUAACUUGAUAAACUCUUGUAGUAGCGCUGGACGCCAUACAAGCAAAAAUUUGAAGUCACUACACCCGGGUACCUUUUUCUUUGUAAGCACAGGUUGCUAAGGCAGGGACCUUUUACCGAUUUUAAUUUAUGUAUUAUAAUAUAGGUCUAGGGACUCAACUAUGGUAUUUAGCGGAAAAUCUGCAUAUUAUUUAAUUAAGUACUGUUUGUAUAUAAAGAUUUGUUGGUAAGACUGAUAUCGAGAGCAUCUAUUCAGCUGUGCUUGUUUACUACUUAAUUUAAUUCGCUAAAGUUUUUGUAUGAUUUUUCUUUGUGAAUUCAAAUUGCAUAAACUGAACACAUUUCAUACACAAUUAUUUAUAAUCACAAGUUUUGUUUAAACAAGUUUAAGGGUUGAUCGAGUAUUUCUUGUUAUUUUGUCCCCUCAGCCAGGAACAAACUUUAUUGAGAAAAAAAAUUAAACAUUCAACUAAAACGGUUAGUAUGUGGCAUAUAUAGAAAAAAGGGACGGUAGCAGACUUUUAAUUGUUGACUUACUACGGUCGAGCUAAUAUGGCUGUCAAUACUAACGCUAUGACAUCUUCAAUGUAAAGUAAAGAACGAAUGAAAAUCUUUAUUUCAGGCAACUAGUGACCCUAAAUGGCUCAACAAUUAAAGUCCGUGACUGUACCAUAUAUGAUAGUUUGUGAAUUUUACCAUAACUUAAUAGUUAUAUGGAAAAAUGUAGAUUCCGUCUAAGUUCCACCUGUAUAAUUUCUUGGACCAAUGUGCAUUGCGUCUCACUCUCUCAUUGAGCAAAAUGUGAAACGCAACUACACAUUGGACCCGUGGAAUAACACUCUAGCCUAACUUUGCCCCAAACAUAACAAAGUGAGGAAAUGUCAUGACAUACAUUAUACGCAGACAUUUGACAUUAAUUAUGACAUUUCCACACUCUGUCGUUGCAAACGCCGGAGUUAUCUUGGUGCGACUCUAAUCUAAACAUGGCUUCAACAAAAAAUAUUCUCUCAAACCCUUAAAUUUGUAUUUUUGUAUUAUAGCAAAUUCUCAUUUGUUCCAUAAUGCCGCUCUUGUCCAUUCGAAGUAAGAAACCAUCACACUAUUUUGUUAGAAAACUAUUUAAUUUAUUUAUUAUUCGGUUAAGAAUAAGAUUUUACAUGAAGGUUAAAUUGUGUUCCUAUUUUGUUUGGAAAAUUCAGUUGAAAAUUACUUCUCUUUCGGCGCAAGUAUGUGAUUUGAAACAGUGCCAUGAACGGGACCCUAUUACUAAACAUACAGUUCAUAUAUUUUGAUAACUUAACUUUUUCUAUUAUCACUCGUCCCAGAACGAUAGUGUUCCCGACAUUUGGGAGGCGUGCGUGGAGCCGAAA